AAUUGGUUAUCUUCCUGCACUGGAGUUCAUAUCAGCUGACCUCUCUAUUUCUUUUGUUGCAAAAAAAUGGCCAUCAAACAGAAUGUCGAGGUAGCUGAAAACAACUAUCAGGUAGAUAUAAGAGUGGCCCUCAUACUCGAGAAGGAUAAAGUUGAAGAUGAUGGCUAUGCAGUUCAAUAUCAUACCAGAAAGAACAAGGGUCAUCAAUGGAUUCUUUAUCUUACAACAUUUGUCACAGUUUGUGGUUCUUUUGCAUUUGGAUCAUGCAUUGGCUUUUCUUCGCCUAUUCAGUCUGCCAUCACAGAAGAUCUAAACCUGACUUUAGCAGAGUACUCAUUGUUUGGCUCUAUACUGAAUUUUGGUGCAAUGAUUGGCGCAAUCACAAGUGGGCGCAUUGCUGAUUUCACAGGACGUAAAGGGGCACUGAGGGUGGCAAGCAGUUUCUGCACAGCAGGAUGGCUAGCAAUAUACUUCGCAGAGGGGCCUCUUUCUCUGAAUAUCGGAAGACUGGCAACAGGAUAUGGAAUGGGGGUCUAUUCCUAUGUGAUUCCAGUGUUCAUAGCCGAAAUUUCACCAAAGCAUUUACGAGGAGCUUUGACAACUACCAAUCAGCUCAUGAUUAUUUGUGGAAUCUCUUUUGCCUUUAUCAUAGGAACAGCGAUAACAUGGAGGACCUUAGCAUUGACAGGAAUAAUACCUUGUGCUGUCCUUCUUCUGGGCCUUCCAAUCGUUCCAGAGUCCCCGAGAUGGCUGGCUAAGAAUGGAGAUCAGGAAAAAUUUCUUAUCGCGCUGCAGAGACUGCGGGGAAAAGAAGCUGAUAUAUCAGAGGAAGCAACAGAAAUCCAGGAUUACAUAAGAAGCCUCGCAAAGCUCCCGAAAUCUAAGCUGAUGGAUUUGUUUCAGAAAAGAUACCUGCGCUCAAUCAUAAUAGGAGUCGGAUUGAUGUUCACCCAACAACUGGGAGGAAUUAACGGAGUCUGCUUCUAUGUCAGAGAUAUCUUCGAGUCAGCAGGUUUUCCCUCUGAUACUGGUACUAUAAUCUAUGCAUGUCUUCAGGUUGUGGUUACUGCAUUAGGUGCAUUAGUAAUAGACAGAGCUGGGAGAAAGCCACUUAUACUGGCUUCAGCAUCGGGGUUGGUUGUCGGUUGCAUACUAACAGGGUCAUCGUUCUACUUGAAGACGUAUGAACUAGCUGUGAAGGUGACACCAGCACUUGCUGUAAGCGGCAUACUGGUUUACAUAGGAUCCUUCUCCAUAGGAAUGGGAGCAGUUCCAUGGGUCAUAAUGUCUGAGAUAUUUCCUCUCGACAUCAAAGGAUCUGCAGGAAGCCUGGCAACGCUCGCUAACUGGUCCACUUCCUGGGCAGUUUCCUACACUUUCAAUUUCCUCAUCAGCUGGAGCUCAUAUGGAACUUAUAUCAUCUAUGGUACAAUAAACGCAAUCUCCAUAUUGUUUAUCCUCGUGGUUGUACCAGAGACAAAAGGACGAACUCUGGAGGAAAUACAGGCUGCCAUUAACGCUUCAUGAUCAGAAAGCUUAAUGGCGAAAUCAUGGCAUCUCAUAGAGUGACCUUUCAGAGGAUGAAAGAUAGUCAAAUCAACACUAGUAUACAAUACUAAUAUAGCUAAGAGAUGCAGUAUCUGAAUCAAUCUCAACAAAAGAACUUGAAGCAGUGUAAUCUAGUAACCUACGAGAGGAGGAAGUACGACGAAACAAUCUCACCUGAGUAUAACGCCACAACAGCCCAGGUUUCAUCACUGUUUCCGUCUACUGUCAUCUCGUAAUAUGUACAGUAAUCAUGUUGUCAAAAGACAGCUAAAAUUGCACAAGUUGUCAACCUAUAAAAGAUCUUGAUUUCGUGUAACUAUUGUUAGCCUAUAAGCAUGUAUCAUGUAACUAAUGUAAGCUUUCCUUGAAUCAAAUUGUGUUUCCUGUA